UCAAACCACCUCCACACUCCAUCUCUCUCUCUCUCUCUCUCCAGAUGUCCAGCGGCAAUCGGAGGAGGCUCCGCCUCUCCACCGUCACGGUCAACCUCGGCUGCAGCAGCAGCUGCCGCCGACCAAAACUCUCCUCCAUAUUCCGCCCCAAACCAAAGCCAUCCAAACCCACCACAACCAACAACCCCUACUACUCCUCCUGCUCCGUUUCCGCCACCUCGCCGCCGGCGUACUACUCCGACGCCGAAUCCGACGACGUCAAGAGCCUGAAAUCGGUCCAGGGGUUCGGCCGGAUCGGCGGCGAGAGCGUGGCGGUGGAGAAGGACUCCGACGACCCGUACUUGGAUUUCAGGCGGUCGAUGCUCCAGAUGAUACUGGAGAACGAGAUUUACUCCAAGGAGGACCUGAAGGAGCUGCUCAACUGCUUCCUACAGCUCAACUCUCCUUACUACCACGGGAUCAUCGUCAGGGCUUUCUCCGAGAUCUGGAAUGGGGUCUUCUCCGUCAAGGCAGCCGGGGGCAAGCCACGUGCCUUCUAACCAUCGCACGUGCAUCUGCUCUCUUUAUAUAAAUAUAUAUAUAUACUAGUAGUAAUGUUUGUGUAUUUAUGGAUAGAAGAUAUUGGGAAUGGUAAGCAAACCGGAUUUUCAUUGGAAAUGUGACAGAUUUUUCAGUGAUCUCCUAGGAUAAGGACACAUGGUGCCUCGGCACUUGUCUCUCUCUACCGCACAGUUUUGUGGGUUCUGCAUGUUUUGUGGUGAGAACUGCACAGAUGUGUGUUGAAGAGAGGGGUUGGGGCACCACGGUUCUUUCUUCUGGGACACUGGGUAAUGUUUCGAUGUGACAAUAGUACUCGUAGUUUUGGAAAAAAAUAAUGGUAGGUUUCCGUUGACGCGCUUUUCUCCAAGUCCAAAUAUGGCCCAAACACUUUCACCACAGUUUUAUGGAUAAGGUUGAGGUUGGUCUCGGGUAUGAGAAAUCGUAGCAGACGAAUCUCAACAUUUCUAUUUGCUCUGAUGGACAUUUCGUUAGAAACACUUUUUGACGAUCACGACGUUUCUAGAUUUUGGAAUUAUGACGCAACACGGAUUAUAUUUCCGAAAUCGUAAACCUGGCGGGUGACCACCAAAUUAAAGUCUUAUUAUUUGAGUCAAAAUCGAUAAAAAUUUCGCAUGAAAAUCCUGUUAAUUUGCAUAUCAUUACUAUUAAUAUAUAUCUUUAGUCAGGAGUAAAAUCUUGGUAUUUUAGUAGUUGUGGCACAAGGAAGAAAUGAUUUUCACACUCUACUAAGCUGGUACAGAGUGUGAACAUCAUUUCUAUGCCAAUGCAGGUUUAGAAUGGUAGUAGUAGUUAGUAUUAGCAGUUUUCUAGUCUACGAGUCUAAUUAGGAUGGGGUUUAGUUUGGUCAAGAAUCAUUAGUGGGGCCUUGAGAUUGCUGUAAUCGUUAGUUUUUAGUCUCUGUUUGGUGGGAAAAGAUGGACGUUGGGAAUUUGAAAUUAAUGUAAUCAGAUUCUGGCUUAUGUAAUCAGAUUAUGGCUUUUGUGUAAUCAGAUUAUGUUUUUUAAUGAGAAAUUAAAUAUCUACUAUGCAGUGCUAGUAGCUGAUA